AUGGAUCAAUUUAAACGUAGACAUUUAGAAUUAAUAUCAUUACUUCAAGAUGUUGAGAAGAAUGUACAGGCUGUAAAACAAGCCAAAGAAGAGCGUGUUCGAGAAUUACGCAAUGCAGUUGAAUUAAUGGUAGCGCGUUUAGAUUCACAACUAAAAUCGAAACUAGUUACUCUAAUGAGUCAACGUAGUCAAUUAUUUCAAGAAAUUGAAUCACUUGAAAAUCUUUUGCAUGAUGUUCAAUAUGCGGUAGAUGUUGCGAAACCGUCUGAAAUGGUAGAACGAUCAUCUGAAAUUUUAGCACUGCUUAGUGAUGUACAUUGUAAACCUAUGGCUUCGUUUGUUAGUGCGCCUGUACCAGCUGACUUUGUAAGUGAAAUUGUACCUCCUUAUGAAUCGAGUACAUUCACACUUCAACCUUAUUCCAUUAUGAAACAAAGAGCUGAUCCUGUGUAUAGUCAACCAUUACAUGUAGGUGGUUUAAGCUGGCGUCUUAAAGUUUAUCCAGAUGGGAAUGGUGUUGUACGUGGUAAUUAUUUAUCGGUGUUUUUAGAAUUGUCUGCUGGAUUAUUAGAAGCAUCCAAAUAUGAAUAUCGUGUAGAAAUGGUUCAUCAACAAUCUCGUGAUCCUAGUCGCAAUAUUGUACGUGAAUUCGCUUCACAUUUUGAAGUUGGUGAAUGUUGGGGUUAUAAUCGUUUCUUCCGUUUGGACUUAUUAGUUAAUGAAGGUUAUUUAAAUAGUGAAACAGACUCGAUACUACUUAAAUUCCAAGUAAGAGCGCCAACUUACUUUCAAAAGUGUCGUGACCAAAAUUGGCAUAUUUCACAACUUGAAGCGAAUCAAGGCCAUUGUUUUACGCAGUUAGCUGAAUUAAAGGAACGUUUAUCUAUUGAAGUAGCCAGACAAACAAAUAUUAUUUCUGUUGCUAAUACUGCUACUGCUCCCUCUCCCAAUACUGAUAUUUUUAAUUCAACUGUUGUUACUACAACAAGUAGUACUUCUGUUAUUUGUCUACAGUCAACAGAUGCAUUAAAACCUUCAAGUUGUCUCUCGGAUCCCACUUCUUCUUCUGCAAUUAGUCAGUCAACAUAUAUUAUGACAACUCCUUCUCCACUUCAGCUUCAGUCACCAUUAUCAUUACUUACACAACCUAUUAAUGAAGAAUUUACUGACAAUUAUACUAAUGAGUCGAAUAAAUAUGUAGCAUCUGUUCCAGAAAUGAAAAAUCAAGAUUGUAUAAACAUGGAUCGAAAUGAUUGUACAUCCCAAUGUUGUUUUAUAAACAAUGAGAAUAACACUUCUAUUAGGGAUCAUUUAACAAAUAGUGCAAAUCAUACACAGUCACUAUGUGGUGUCAGUAAUAAUAAUAAUAAUAAUAAUAAUAAUAAUUUAACUAAUGAAGAAGUUGAUGAUUGUUUAACUACGGUCAAUAUGUUGAACUCAAGAACUACCGAUGUCAACAAGGAAUACGAUGAACAGCUCAAUGAAUUACAAGCGAAUUCAAUUGCCCAGUUAUCUAUGGACAUUUCAGAGCCAUUAUUAAAUUUAGUUUUGACCGCAAACCAGCAAGAACAACCUGUAAUAAACUCGUCGAUUUUAUCAAGUUUGGAUAUCAGUCAAUUAACUGCUUCAUAUAGUAAUGAGGAUAAUAAUCAUAACAACAAUAAUGUCAAUAGUGAGGAAGAUGUCUUGUUUAUUGAUUCAAGUAAAUAUUUUAAUACUAGUGAACAGUUAAUGCCUCAUGAGGAUGUUGAUAUAGAAUCUACUCAUUUCAGUGAACCAAUCUCUUAUGGUGGUGAUGAUGAAGGGGAAUAUGGUGAUGGCGACUCUGAGAACAACAAUAACAAUGAUGAAGGUGGUGUUGACGAGGUAGAAAAAAUAGACGAUGAUGAUGACGAAGUGGAUGGAGAUGAUGGUGGUGAUGUUGGUGAAGAUGAUGAUGUAGAACAAACGGAUAAUGAUGAAGAUAAUGUUGGUGGUAGACAACAAAAUUCCAUGUCGAAAUUUCACAACUAUACAAAAUCGAAUAAUGAUAUGGAUAAUAGUUUAAUUGAUGAUAAUGACGACGUUGAACAAAUUAGACAAACUAUACAUGAUUAUGACACAGUAUCACAAACGUCGGAGAUUCUCUCGGAUCAUGACAGCUUGCAAUCGAGUAUUGAUUCAAAUAAAUUAUUGUUGUUAAAAAGUAAAUUUAUGAAUAAACCGAAAAAUUCAUUAAGUAUUAUAGAUUCAAUUAAGGCAUUGAAAAGUCAAAAGUCAACUAUUGCUGCGACUACAACAAUUACUACUCCGAACACUAAUAAUGGUGUUAUACCAAUGAUAGAAUAUGAGUGUAAUCUUAUAACGGAUGUUGGUAGUGAUAUAAACUCAAGUUAUGAUGAUUAUGAAUAUCAUGCUAGAAAUAGGAAUACAAUUGAGGAGCUUUUAAAACUGCCUGGUCUACGAUCUACCAAUGGUAGUAUUAGUAAUAAUAGUAAUAACAUCAGUAAUAAACGAAAGGUAGACCAAACCUCACGUCAUCCAUUAUGGUUUAAAUUAUCUACAAAGGAUAAACCAAAAUUACAGUUCAGUGAGGCAUCAACGAGUCGGUUCAAUAAUGACAAUAAAUUACAAUGCAAUUUCAAAGAACAAAAACCAUUUUCUAUUAUUCCAACACAGAUGAUAGACAACACACAUAAUACUAGCAGUAAUAAUAAUUGCAAUAACAAUGAACUAGAUAUGAACUCUUCACCUAGAUCAAUUUUUAGCGAAAAGUUGAAUGGAUGUCAAUCCUCUUCAAAUUAUCAACCGGGAAUAGUUAGUAAAUCAAAUUGGGAAAGAAAAACCAAAGAUCCCAAUAUUUGCAGUGAGAUUACUUUAAUUCAUCCUAAGUUAUGUGCUUCAUCAUCGUCAUCCUUGUCAUCCUCACAUUCGUCAUCGUAUGGAAAAACAAUAUCAGAAAGUUAUUUAUUGAGGAAUAAGAACUUUAAAAGUUUAUCCAAUCGUCGUUUAACUGAUUUUAGUCAUCACUAUCAUCAUGAACAUUCUCAACGAUCUCAGUGUAGUAAGUUAAAACCUUUACCUCGAUAUCAUAAAGACAAUAUGAGACCAUUGUCAUUGGUAACAACUGAUCAAGUUCCAUCCUGUAGUAAUCAUACAUCAUCUUAUGUAUCUUCUAAAUGUAAACAAUCUAAUCAAUUAAGUGGAAAUGGUCUACAAAAAGAACUAUUAACUAAUAGGUCUAUUACAAUCAACUGUAAUAAGAAUGAAAACAGUAAUCAAUUGAGAAAAAACAACAACAAUGCUAGUUCAUCAUUGUCACCAUCGAUAACAGCAGUCAAAACAACCAUGAAAUGCUCUGAUCAUUUGCAACCUGAUAAAUUGUACCAUUUCUCAUCAAUAUGUAAUGAUCCGACUAAUCUGAUGGUGAAGACGACUACGAAAAUAAAACCGUCAGGACAGAUUACAAAAAAUGCAAUUCAGCAUUUAGAAAAUGAUAUUGAUGAAAAAACAAUGACAGGAGAUCGUGAUGUAAGUGAACAUGUAUUGAGUAAUCGACGUUUUUGGGAGGAUUCCAAUCUUAAGACUAAUAAUGAUGAUAACAGUGAUAAUAGUAACAAAAGUAAUAAUAAUUAUGAGAAAUUGUUUAAUUCAUCAUCAUGUUCAUUAGUAAAUAACCAUGAAAAUGGAGUAUUUGUUAAUCAACCGAAACACGUAUGCAAUUCACCACGCACUGUCACAGUAAAAUCCAAAUCUGCUAUGAGAAUGAUGAACACAAUCCCUCAAAAUAAUAAAACAUGUCAUCCACUGACUAGUAAUGGAGAUUCAACACCAAGUAAAUCUAUAUUAUCAGGUGAAGUUGAUUCUCGUGAUAUGUGCAUUAAACGCUCUGCUGAAACUAAACACAUUCAUGAUAAUUUAGAAUGUGACAAAUUGAAUUAUGAACCAAUGUACAAUUGUAAACCAAAUUUGUGUCAUGUAUCGUUGGAACAUCAGAGUGGAGCCAUAAAUUCACUUUUAAAAUCUGAUUUAGAUACUAUGAGCUCAGGUGAAGUUGUACCAAAUCAUUCAGAUGUCAGUUCUCUUCCAUCCCAGCCAAUUGGUCUUGCAGUUCACAACAAAGAAUCAAAUAUUUUAGGCAUUGAUUAUCUAACUGAUACUCAACAAUUGAUAACAGAACCAACAGAUCUAAGUUUAGCUAUGCUGUGUCACAGAAUCAGUCGUUUACAGACCGAAGCAGAAGCUGUGGCUAAAGCAAUCUCAGUUAAUAAUCAUAACAAUAAUGCUUGUAUCAGAAAUAAACAAUCUACGAAUAAUUUACCGAUUAUCAAUCAACAGUUUGCUAGUCCAGUAGAUGAAGCACAAUCACUCCGAACCGAUUCAAAUAGUCGUACAAUGAAUGAAAUACAGAUUCGUCAUUCACCGGGAAAAUCUGAUGAAGGUCUCGGUAGAUCAGUCAGUAAAAAUGAACAGCCAAGUCAAUUAGACAAUGGUGCUAAUAAUAAUAUUUAUGAUCAAGGCGAUACUUGAAAUAAUC